AUGAACCCUUUGGCGGCCGCAUCACCCUCACCCGCCGCCGGCGCGGACACGCGCGUCGCCGAGCUCGCCGCCCUGCUGCCGGAGGGCUGGGCGGAGGACGGCGGCGUCGUCGCCCGCACGCUGAAGGGCCUGCUGCAGAACCCCUUCUUCAGCGCGGGGGCGGGGCUGUACCUUCUCACCUUUGCGGGGGCGGCGGCCCGCUCCUUCUCCGCCGCCAUGCAGACGGCGGUGCGGCGCCGCUUCGUCGUCUCCAUGGAGGUGACGAGCCAGGACGAGAGCUACGUCUGGAUGGUGCGCUGGCUGGCGCAGAACCCGGCCUUUUACGUGCAGCAGAUGAGCGUCACCACCCGCAACACAACCAUCUUCUCUAACGACGAGUCCUCGCACGAGUGUCUCUACGCGCCCUGCACGAAUGUGCGGCACUGGUUUUGGUACAGCGGGCGGCCCAUUAUGCUGCAGCGGCGGCGGGUGGAGACGCAGGCGAUGGGAACCGACGUGCUGGAGACGAUGCAGCUGUCCACCAUAGGCCUCUCCGCCACCGUCAUGAAGGACAUUUUGGAGGACGCCCGUCAGCUCACGUCGAUGCGGAACAGCGACCACACCGUGCUGUACCAAAACUCAGGGGGGCGCUGGACGCGGCAGGAGCCACGGCGACGUCGUCCCCUGCACUCGGUUGUAUUGGACGGGAACACGAGUGCGGAUAUUCUGAAGGACGUGCAGCUCUUCCUGCGGUCCAGCAAGUACUACGAGGACCUCGGGGUGCCGUAUCGCCGCGGCUACCUUCUGCACGGCCCCCCAGGCUGCGGAAAGAGCAGCUUUGUGAUGGCCCUGGCGGGGGAGCUGCGCCUCUCCAUCUGCCCGCUAAGCCUCUCCAGCCGCGGCCUCAGUGACGAGGCGUUGGUGGGGCUGCUGAACAGCGCCCCACUGCGGUCGAUUGUGCUGCUAGAGGACAUUGAUCGCGCCUUCAGCGCCGACAGCCACAUCACGAUGAGUGGGCUGCUCAACGCCCUCGACGGGGUGGCGGCGCAGGAGGGGCGGCUGGUGUUCAUGACGACAAACCACGUGGAGCGGCUCGACGACGCCCUCAUCCGCCCCGGCCGCUGCGACGUGAAGUUGGAGAUUGGGCUGCUGUCACGCGGGCAGGCGCAGCAGCUGUUCCGCAAGUUCUUCCCGGCCGCCGGUGACGCCCUGCAGGCCGAGUUUGCGGGGCAGAUCCCCGCUCACACGCUGAGCGUCGCCCAGAUCCAGUCGCACCUCUUCCUCCACCGCGACUGUGCCGCGGAGGCGGUGCGGGCGUUGCCGGGGUUUUUGCAGACCGUGCGAUCCUUCGAGACGCAACUGCGACAGGCGCGCGAGCGGGAGAAGUGCGUGGAACGGAUGAAGCGGGCGCCGAUGCUGCACAACCUCUGA